UAGCUCAAAUUUUGUCAUAAAAAAAACAUUUGGGAGGCGGGAGGAGCAUAGUUUACUGCGCUUUAUGAUCGAGCAUUCAAGCCUCGAGGAGUUGAUCUAACCGUUCAAAACACAAUCGUUUUCGUAAGCUUCUCCCGAAGCUCUCUUCUUGUUUCAUCCUUAGCCAUUUUACAGGGAUUUGAGGAGUUAAAGUUAUGGUCAGCAAAUGUGAAGGGCCGGCGAUCGGAAUCGACUUGGGCACGACGUACUCAACCGUCGGAGUGUGGCGAGACAACCGCGUAGAGAUUAUAGCGAAUGACCACGGUAACAAAAAGACGCCGUCCUGCCUAGCGUUCACGGACGCAGGCUUUCUCAUCGGAGAGGACGCUAAGAACUCCGUCUCCGUGAACCCCAUUAACACCGUCAUUGAUGCUAAGCGUUUGAUUGGGAGGAGCUUCAGCGAUCCCUUAGUACAGAGUGACAUUAAGUUUUGGCCUUUCAAGCUGAUUGGCGCACCUGGUGACAAGCCCAGGAUAGUAGUCAAAUAUAAGGGUGAGGAGAAGCAGUUUUCUGCUGGGGAAAUCUCUUCAAUGGUUAUAACAAAAAUGAAGGAGAUUGCAGAGGCAUAUCUGGGAACAACAAUCAAGAAUGCAGUAAUCACUGUCCCUGCACACUUUAAUGACUCCCAACGACAGGCCACUAAGGAUGCCGGGAUCAUGUCAGGCCUCAAUGUUAUGCGUAUCAUCAAUGAACCCUCCGCAGCUGCAAUUGCAUAUGUUCUGGACAAGAAAGCAAGCAACUCGUCGUGCGAGAAGAACGUCCUCAUCUUCGAUCUUGGCGGUGGUACUCUUGAUGUCUCUCUUAUUACGAUAGAAGACCUAAUCUUUGAGGUCAAGGCCACUGCAGGUGACACUCAUUUGGGAGGUGAAGAUUUCAACAACACACUGGUGAGCCACUUUGUUCAUGAGUUUAAAAGCCAACACAAGAAGGAUAUCAGUGGAAACCCUAGGGCACUGAGGAGGCUGAGGACAGCGUGUGGGAGGGCAAAGAGGAUUCUGUCUUCCACUUCAAAAGCCACCAUUGAACUUGAUUCUCUGUUUGAGGGUAUCAGUUUCUACCCAACCAUUACGAGGACGAGGUUUGAGGAGUUGAACAUGGAUCUGUUCAGGAAGUGUAUGAAGUUGGUUAAGAAGUGUUUGAGAGACGCGGAGAUGGAUAAGAGCAGUGUCCAAGAUGUUGUCCUUGUGGGCGGAUCUACUAGGAUCCCCAAGGUUCAACAGAUGUUGCGGGAUUUUUUCAAUGGGAAGGAGCUAUGCAAAAACAUCAACCCCGAUGAAGCUGUUGCAUAUGGUGCUGCUGUGUAUGCUGCAAUGUUAGGUGGAGAAGGCACCCAGAAGAUUCAGAAUUUGUGUCUACUGGAUGUCACUCCACUGUCUCUAGGCCUGGAGGAAGCAGGUGGUUUAGUGAAGGUUCUGAUCCCGAGGAACAAAAUCAUCCCCUUUACUAAAGAGCACAUUUUUACCACUUACUUAGACAACCAGCGUGACAUACUGAUCCAGCUCUUCGAGGGAGAGCGUUCAAGGACAAGGGACAAUAACCUGUUAGGGAACUUUGUUAUAUCAGGCUUUCCACCAGCUCCGAAGGGUAUCUUGCAGAUCACUGUGUGUUUUAACAUUGAUGCUAACGGUAUUCUCUACGCCUCCCUGAAAGACAAAACAACAGGCCAGAGUGGCAAGAUCACCAUCACCAAAGAUAUGGAAAGGUUCUCCAAGGAUGUAAUUGACAAAAUUAAGCUUCGAGUGCCAAAGCGGCCUAGACCUGAGGAGUCUGCCACUUCAUUUUCUCAAAGGAGCAACCAGGAGAUGGAGAUUCUCAAGAAAAGGCUUGUUGAGUUAGAGAAGGAAAACAAGUGCCUCUUAGAGAAGACGGAGGCGAAACAUAGGGAGGUGGAGGAGUACAAGGAGCAAAUGGAGAAGUGGAAAGCGAAGGCUCAGACCUCAGCAAUUGAGGCCGUGAGAGCUUUCAAAAAGUCCCACGAGCAUGCCCAAGCCAUGGAAGAUGCGGAGAGGGCUCAGAUGGAAGACAUUGUACUCGAGUGUCUGAAGACUGUAAAUGUCCUGGAUUAGAGCCCUGGAAAAACUCCCCUCCCACUCAAAACUGAUAUAGUCAUACCUUACAACUAGCCGGAAUACAUUACCAGAAGCAAGAACUAGCUUUGAUGAAAGGGUGAUGUCAUAUGUUGUGAAAUAUGAUCUUGCCACAUAUGUAUUUUGUAAUAGUAGUCUUUUUUGUACGUAUAGCAUAGUCCUUUACCGUGUAUGCAUUUUGCAAGACAACUGUCUUCUGUCUACAUGAGAUAAAACUAGUCUUACAAAUGCAUGUUUGGCAAAAAGACUAGAUUUUUUUGUAUCUAUAACAUGGUAUUUUUUGACGUAUGCAUUUUGUAAGAAUAGUCUUUUUGCCACGUUCUAGUCUUACAAAUGCAUGUUUUGCAAAAAAACUAGACUUUUGUUGUUGUAUUCUUUUUGCCACGUACUCACUUUGUAAAACUACUCUUUAUGUCACAUAUGCAUUUUGUAUUUUGUACAACUUCAAACAAGCCGUCUGACAUUGUGUGCGUAUUUGUUUGUAUGUGAUGUAUUUGACCUUUUAUUAUACUACAUCUGAAGCUGGGAGUUUGGACAUGGUUUGCUUAAAGAGGUAACUCAAAUUACAAUCUCUAUUACAUCACCAAAACUUGUCUGAAUGUUAUUGAUUAUCAUAUCACAUCACAAACAACCGAUAUUAUAUCUCCAUGAAUCUUAAGAUUUUUGUUUUCCAAGGAAAGGGUGUGUUUUGCCCCAUUGCUGAAGGAAGCCUCACAGCUAUCGCUGUCUUUUUGCACAGUUGAGGCUGCUGAGGCAACAUCAUUCUUGACAUCAGGUGCCGAGCGAGAAUCCAGAAGCUGAGAUGCAGUGUUCAGAGCUUCGACAGCCGCACUAUAGAAAUUGGAACACUGAAAGUAAGCCACAAGGUUAGGAUCAUUUGGCUGGUUCAUAUAACUCUUGAUUUUAUCACUCGUCCCCAAUGCAUAGUUGGCUGCUUCUGAUACUGCAGUUUUGAGAAGAUCGGUUGACGAUUUGGAAGGACUAGCAGCCAGAACUCGAACGCAGAAACUUGAGUCUAUGCUUUUAGCACACAGAGCUUGUAUGGUUUGCUCACCUGUGUUUUGUUUCACAAAGAAGAGGAGGCUUAGGAAUAUCAAAGUGGGUAAACAGAUUGAAAAGUUGGCCAUGGUUUUUUGUGGGGAUCUUGAGAUUUGAGAUCUUAAUAUUAUAUACGAAGUACAAUGUCAGAUUAGGGAGGAUUGAAUGCUAUGCAUGGAAAGGAAUUAAGUUUGGGAUGGAGAUUCAGCCAAAUAUGGGAGUAUCACAUUCUUUAUGGAAUGAUUAUCUGCCAUUUUCUGCUUUCUUGUAACCGUUUUACCACAUUUGUAUUAAAUUAUUUCAUUUUUUUUGUUUUAUAUUUUUGGUGAAAGGGGAAAUCCGUUGUUCCUACUCAAGGAGAAGGGCGGACAUGGAGUAAACAUCUGAUCCCGUGUAAGGAUGUUUUCUUUUGGACUAAAAUUUGCUGGUUUGGUCUGGUCUGAUCUGGUCUGUUAAACGUCUGGUUUCUGUGUAUUUUAUAACUACAGAAGUUUGGUGUGAUCUGGUAUGGUCUGAUCUGGUCUGGUCUGAUUUGGGACUGAAAACAAUCCAAAAGAAAACAUCCUAACAAGUAGCCAACGUCGGGUAUUAAGAGAAGACAUAUGUCACUAUCAGCAAAAUAAGGCCAAAUUGUUGUAUUAUUAACUCUUGUUUUUUCUAAGUCGAAUCUAAAAAUUAGAAGAAAGUGGCUGUCUCCCUCGUGCGUAGGGUUUUCUCUCGGUGCGAUUAGUAGCGUCGCAGGUUUUUUGAUCGACGAUUUUGGGAAGC